AUGAUUCACUACCAACACCCCAGUCUACUUUCUACACAAGAAUCUCUCUCAGAUUCCACCAAGAGUACCAUAAAGACCAAGGAUUUCAAACCAACAACCACAAGAUCGCAGAAAAGGAAGGUUUCCUUCCACCGCAACGUGCUAGUCUGUGAAGACAACAACUACUCCCAAGAAGAACGAAACCGAAUGCACUAUACAACAGAGGAAAUGGAAUCCUUCGUUGAAGAGAUCCAGCUAUUCUUAAUAAGCAUUCGUGAGACGGAGCGUAGGUCGCCAUCUAAAACAUACUCCUCGGCUGUCUUGUCGACGGGCCUCGAAGGUUUUCUUCACCCCGAGCACAAGCAACAACAUAGACUCCAAGGAGUUCUCUCCGUCCUCCUGGAACAAGACCGCCAGUACCGCGAGGUCGAAUGCUCGACACCUGCUGAUGUGGAAUCCAUCUCGCAAUUGUAUCAUGCUGUCUGCCAAGAGAGUAAGGAAGAGGCAUAUCAACGAGCACUGGUGUGUCACUCGAGCUCAUAUGGCGCUUGCAUGACAAAAUGGACAAAUGGAAAUGCUACACCACCAUCAUCACGAACGAGGCAAUAG